CUCCCGACUCCGCCGGCCAAUCGCGUCGCGCGGCGGCUCGGGAGGCGGCCAAUCGGCGCAGCCGUCUCGCGAGCCCUUGGCGUCCUGUCUUGAAACCGCUUCUUCGAAUCUCAACCGCCAACGGCGGAACGGAGGAGGCUGUUGGCGGCUCGGCCUUCUCCCCCGGCUCGGCCUUCGCCUGACGGGAGCGGCGCGGAAGAGGCCGCUGGAGCCCCCGGGGAGAGUUUAUUCUGGAUUUAGCCACCUGGAUGAAACAGCAGCCGUAAAAGAGCAUUUGUCUGGAAUGUUGUGGAUAUAUAAGGAUCAUCACAAUCUUUGCAAGCAUGAGAUAUGGAAAACCUGGGACUGGUGAGAGCAGAGCAUGAAGCACCAUCAGCGGACACUGAUGCUAAGAAGGCGCACAACUUGGUUGAGUAUAACAUAAGCGACAAGAGAAGCAGUCCUUUAUUCCAGCCGGAUGUCGUCUCCAAUUUCUCGGGCAAAGUUGGUCCUUCUGCAAUAACUGAAGAGGUUCGUUUGCUGGCUUCAUCGAUGCAAGAUGCUCAAAGCAGCAGUGACCCCGAAAUACUGAAGAAUUGUGAGACCAGGUGGCUACAUUUGUUCAGCCUGGUAGAGAGGCAGUGCCAAGAACAGAUCGUCACACAGCAAAAAGUAUUCUGUCAUCAAAUCCACCACAUACAAAAUGAAAUCAGACGGUUGGGGAAACUGCAAACGCAGAACGCGUGCUCGUGUGUCAAGCAGGCCUCUUCCGUCAGACUUUCAGACAGCUGCCCGUCUCUAGGAAGUCCGAUGGGGUUGAAGGCCGACGCUUUUGAAGAAAAUGAGCUCUUUACCAGUCAGUUCCAUCCCGGCCAUGCUGACCACCGGGCAGAAGCUUCAGCCAUGGACCAGGAGGGCCUCACAAACAGUGUUUCAAUAAGCAGCGGAUAUGGGACAUUAUCUACUGCAGAACUCAGUCCCAGCAAAUGCGAUGACCUUCCGGCAUGCAUGGAGAACUCGGAGACCAUGACCAAACAACCGAAUCAUCCAGCACCAGCAACGGAGGAUGUCUCUGUGGCCAGCAUUCAGGACAAAAGAGAAGGUUCUCAAACCACGACAGGACAUUUUCCAUCUCUGAAGGAGAACGGUGACAAUGUUCCCGCUCAGUUUGAGCAUCAGAUGCACGAAGGUCAACCUGAGGAACCAAAUGCCAAACCUUUAACCUCCUGGGCUCAAAAGAUGAAACAAAACCCCCUGAAAAAAACAAGUGUGGAAGAAGAGACCGACCCGGGAAAAGAGCAAACCUUUGACAGUACCAACACCGUCGCUGCUGCUGCCGCGCCAUCAACCACGUCGUUUUACCUCAAUCAGCAAAAUGGAAGCCAAAAUUCUUUAGUCUCUCUCUCUUCAGGGCUGACCUAUUGGAGAUUAGACGAGAAGGAUAUGUAUCAAGCGUUGCCUAAGGAUUUGGGAAAUGAAUUUUCUACGUUCUCAACGAAGGACUCCUCAGAACAGCUGUCUUCCAGUGACGACCUGAAGCUUACAUCCCUAAAGGAUAUUUAUCAUAAGAAACAGAAGGAAGAUAAGCAACUUGCAGAGUGGAAUUUCAACCCUCUGCACUCAACUCAUCCCCCUGAGAUCCUCACUCUCGACCCAACGCUCCACAUGAAACCGGGCGAGCUGAACGCCGGCCAUCCUUUGCCCAGGUUCUACGCCAGCCCAGAGCAGGCCUCGUUUUCUCCAGAUUCCAUGGCAGGCCCCGCUUUUUCCCUUCCUUCGGAGGCGGAUUCGUUUUCUCACCCGAGCACCGCCGUGUCCCCUCGCUCCGCCGAGUCUCCCCGAUACGCCUCUCGCUCAGCAGCCUUGCACGUCGAUCCCUGGGCCGGUUGUGAGUUUCAGAACGCAACCAACGUCGCCGGCUCUCCUCAUCGGAACCGUGAGAUUUUAGACAUGGAGGACAAUGACAACUUAACCCUCACGCCGUCUUCCGAGGCCCGGUCCCCCCCGAUUCUGUCGGCUGAUCAUCGUUUGACGCAGCACGAACUUUCCGUUGCUUGCGUAGAAGAUCCUCUGGUGCUCUCCAAGAUUAGACAGAAUUUGAGGGAAAAACAUACCCGGCAUAUAACUGAUCUCCGAGCGUAUUACGAGUCCGAAAUCCUCAGUUUAAAGCAGCAGCUAGAAGCAAACCAUACCUCACCUUCCGAGGAAAUGCAGAAAAUCACUCAAAAUCUCACAGACAGGUGCGACCAACUAGAAGCGUCUCUGCACGAAGCCAACAGCCGUGUGCGAUCCCUUGAAAAGAAAAACAAGGCCUUGGAGAUGGAAGUAACAGAUUGGCGCGAGCGCUUCGGCGCCCUCAGUGCCACCACCAAAUCCUUGCAGGAGCGCCUCGAAGAGAUGCGCACCAGCGGCAAGGACAAAGACAACACCAUCAGCCGCCUCAAAAGAAGACUCCGAGAUCUGGAAGAAGCCUUCGAGAAAGCCUACAAGCUGUCCGACAACAAGGAUGCCCAGUUAAAGGAAGAAAACAAAAUGUUUCAAAACCUUUUGGGAGAAUACGAAUCCCUUGGGAAGGAGCACGAACGAGUUAAGGAUUCUUUAAAUAUUACCGAGAACAAAUUACUCGAUGCGCACACUCAGAUUUCUGAUUUGAAGAGAACAGUCUCGAAACUGGAAACUCAGGUCAAGCAAUUAGAGCAUGAAAACUCGCUCAAGUUUCGUUCUCUUGCCGAGGGGCACUUUGGACCAUCUUACGCCAGCAAAUUAGAAAGCUUUGACGUGAGCAGAAGAAAGUGGCUGAUCCCGGGAUCCGAAUUUUCAAUCUUUACUGGUCAGCCGUUGGCAGCCCAAGACAAUUCCAACGAUAAUCGACUGGAAAAAGGAUUCAACCCUCCUAGGCAUUACUCUCCCCCAGAGAAGGAGUCCUCUCCAAAUUGCCUGCUCGCCAACGAAGCCAUUCAAAAAGAGAUCAAAACUCAAGAAAUCCCCAUCCUCAAAGCCUUCAAAGAAUUCGAAGAAAGGAAGGCUUUGAAGAACCGAGGCGCCCAGACAGAGAAAGAGGAAAGGGCAACAGCAGAAACCAGCAAAACAGCCGUUCGGGGUCCGGUCGUUGGCUUCACCGAGACUUCCUUGGGUACGAGCCGUUCGCCCGAGAAGAGCAAAGAGCAUCCGAGGCACAAAAAAUUCAACCCAUCCAGUGCCCAGAGAUCUUCAUCGCUCCCACCUUCAAACAGGAAGACCAACACGCCAACCAAGCGGGAGACCAUGUUGACCCCGGUGGCUGUGACCUGCAGUCCCAAGCGCUCCCCCAAAGAAAAUCUGUCCCCAGGGUUCAGCCACUUUCUCAGCAGAAACGAAGACCUGAUGACCAGAUUUGACAUCCGCUUGGAUGAGGUCGCCGCUGCCCCUGCAGUGCAGUACGGCAGCCCGCGGAAACGGCUCCAGUUUGGUUCGGGAGGCGACCCGCAAGGACCGCAGCCCAGCCGCCUCGAAAGCCGCAGGGGUCCGAAGUCUUCCUCCUACCCACAACCUCUGCCUUCAAGAGCAAGCAGAGAUCCGUCGAGGGAAGGUUACGAAGAGGGCCACUCCGCCAACACCCGCGAGACGGGCUCUUCUUCGGCGGCGGCAGCAGCUCCCUACGAGCCUGAAUUCAAGUACGUUUCCAUGAUUAAGACCUUGGCCCAGACCGAGCGGCUUUUUGACGAGCUGACGCAAGAAAAGCAACAGAUUGAGUCCCAGCUGAGCCGAAUUCCUUGCGCCGGAGGAAGGAUGACGCUCCAGGCCCGGCUGAAUCAGGAAGCCCUGGAAGAUCGCCUGGAACGAAUCUCUCGAGAAUUGGGAUCCAUCCGCAUGACCCUGAAGAAAUUCCAGGUUUUACGCACCUCCGCCAACAUUUGAAGACAACCGGAAAACAUUGAAGAUACAACCCCUUUAUUUGCACUAAAGUACAAUAAUGAUGCACUCUAAAAAUGCAAACCGGUUUUGUAUUUUUCUAAACCCUCCCCCCGGCCUUUUUUUGCAAUCAUGCCCUCUUUACACACACAGACACACACACACGAUAUUUUGUACUGAGCCACAUAUUUUCGAAAAACAAACAAACCCUAUUUUUAUUAUUACCAGAAGAAGUCAAACUGUCAGGGUCUUUUUUUGUAUUUUGCUACUUUUGAAGACGCAGGGUGGUCGUUGUUGUUGUUUUC